UGUAUAGUGUAUACGCAUAUAUGUAACAUCGUAACCUAUGUAAAAAGCUAUUGAUUUCGAGCUUAAAAUUUAAAUGAUUUAUCUAAGUUGGAUUUAAAAUUAUUGUUGUUAUAGUCUUCAUUAGUCAUAACGUCACAUUUCAAUUCAAGUACCUACCUAUAGGUACUCACUAUAAUUAUUCACUAUUGAUUUGAUAUCUUCCUACUGCACCGAAUACCUCUAGUACGUAGGUAUACUCUCUACUAUCGUUAGACAUAUUACAUUCUUACUAUACCGAUAGGUACAUAUUUAUAGCGAUUAUUUGCAGUCGGAUAAACACAAACAUUAUAUUCAAACGUUUUUAAUAUUAAAUCGCUAAUCGUAAGAGUUACAAAUAAAUGUACGUCUUUAAAAGGCAAUUAAAAUGUAAUUCUUACACAUUUUGAAAUACAGUUCAAUAUAAUAUACAUCUUGUAUCGUAAAUUUUGAUGAAUUGAUGAUAUUUUUAAGUGGAUUCUGGAAUGUAGUGUAGAAGAACCUUAACGUUUUCACAGUUUUAGACGAUCGCGAAUGACUUCCACGCCGAACGAUAAAUAGAUUUYAUAUACGCCGGAACACAUCUAUACAGCGCRGGAUGGCAGACGUCCAGGUGAAGUCAAACGUUUUGACUUUGGCGUCGUUCUGGAUCUUGGGUCUGUGCAAUAAUUUUGGAUACGUUGUGAUGUUAAGUAGUGCUCAUGACAUUUUAAAAUCCAAUUCCGCUGCGCCGGGAGGCAACGAAACUGUCAGCAUUAGCUUCACUCAAGAUGUAUUCAAAAGAGAGUGUAACCAUUUGUCRACAGGCGUUAUACUUUUGGCCGAUAUUAUGCCUGGACUGAUAAUCAAGAUUUUUUCACCAUUUUUUCAGUUACAUAUAAACCGUAGACUAUCGUUGUGUAUUGCACUGACAAUCGCUAGUUUUUUAACUGUAGCAAAAGCGAAUACUGAACUUGUUGCCGCCAUCGGCGUAGCACUAACUUCCAUGGCUUCAGGUCUAGGAGAAUCAACACUAUUGUCUUACAUGACCAAUUAUGAACGAAGUGUAAUUACAUCUUGGUCUUCUGGAACGGGUGCUGCUGGUAUAUUAGGAGCGUUGACUUAUGCGGGAUUGACUGGCGUUUUCCAUUUAUCUCCGUCUACGACGAUGUACUUAAUGCUUUCAGUACCAUUUUUAAUGGGUGUGUCAUUCUGGRUAUUAUUAGAACACCCGAAAAAAGAUGAAAUUCCAACGACGCCUAGCAUUUCUUCAGAUCCCAGUACAAAUAGUCAGACCUUCUCAAAUAAGAUAUCGUACAUACCCACAUUGCUGAAGUUUAUGAUUCCUUUAGGGUUAGUGUAUUUCUUCGAGUAUUUGAUCAAUCAGGGAUUAUUUGAGUUGGUUUAUUUUGAAAAAAUAUGGCUGACACAUUCAGAGCAAUACAGAUGGUACCAAGUCAUAUAUCAAUUGGGCGUUUUCGUAUCAAGAACUUCAGUGAGCCUGUUUCCGAUUGAAAAAAUUUGGAUCCUGACAAUAUUGCAGGGCCUCAAUCUCGUCUACUUUUUAAUCGAAACACUAUAUUCUUUCACACCAAAUAUAUUCAUUAUAUUUGCGAUGAUAGCAUUCGAAGGUUUAUUAGGUGGAGGAGCAUAUGCAAAAUCGUAUCAUAACAUCAUAAAAAAAGUUCCGAAGGAGCGUCAAGAAUUUUCCAUGGCCAUGACGUCACUUUCUGACGCAAUCGGUAUUUCAUUAGCCGGAUUAUUGGCCAUUCCAUUACACAAUCAAAUUUGUAAAAUGCCGAAGUGAGACUCUUAUAGAUCAUAUAACACUAGUUAUUUGAGACUCUAUCUGUAAAAAAUAUGUGUUUUUUGUAUUAGAAGAACURAUUUUAGAAUAUUACCUAAGUACUUAUGUUAAUUUUAAACAAAAAUUAUGUUAAUGUUACUUACUAUGACUUAAUAUCGUUUAAAUCCUCACCAAGAUCAUUGGUUUGAAUAUUGACUGUAAAAAAAUACGUAUAAUGUAUUACUUUUGUAACGAAUAAAAUAGGAUAUUUGUACCUAAAUAUAAAUUCAUGGGGUAUGAUAAGGUCUUAAUCAUAAAUAUUAUUGUAAAAGUUUUAUAAAAA